CCAGAGGCUUAAUCAGUAGUAGGUUGUGUCUUUUGGCUUUUAUCAUCGCCGCCGAAACAGAGAGAAAGAGGGUAGAUUUGAUCUCUCUUUUCGAUUAACUUAAACGGAAAUUUCUGUUAGGGUUUCGAUCGUUGCUGGAGAGAUCGAGGAGUGGCAUAACUUGUGAAGAGAUCUUAGGAGGGAUCGUAAUCGUAUUUGGUGUGAUUGCGAUUUAUCUGUUGGUGGUGAUUUCUCGAUGGCAUCAGAGGAUGUGAAAAGGACCGAAUCGGCUGCAGUUUCGACGAUCGUUAAUCUGGCGGAGGAAGCGAAGCUAGCGAGAGAAGGAGUCAAAGCUCCGAGUUAUGCUAUCCUUAGCGUCUGCAAGUCUCUCUUUGCCGGUGGCGUCGCUGGUGGAGUGUCACGAACUGCAGUUGCACCUCUGGAAAGGAUGAAGAUAUUACUCCAGGUCCAAAAUCCGCAUAACAUAAAGUACAGUGGUACAGUUCAAGGGUUGAAGUAUAUUUGGAGAACCGAGGGCCUUCGUGGACUGUUCAAAGGAAAUGGCACCAAUUGUGCUCGUAUUGUUCCAAAUUCGGCUGUGAAGUUUUUCAGCUACGAGCAAGCUUCAGAGGGCCUACUGUACCUGUAUCGCCGGCGGACAAAAAACGAAAAUGCUCAACUCACUCCUCUUUUACGCCUUGGAGCUGGUGCAACUGCUGGAAUAAUAGCCAUGUCUGCAACGUACCCGAUGGAUAUGGUUCGUGGAAGGCUAACUGUUCAGACCGCAAACUCUCCUUAUCAAUAUAGAGGAAUUGCACAUGCUUUGUCAACUGUCCUGCGAGAGGAAGGUUUCCGGGCCUUGUACCGUGGUUGGCUUCCAUCAGUGAUUGGAGUUGUUCCAUAUGUGGGCUUGAACUUUGCUGUCUAUGAGUCCCUGAAAGACUGGCUAGUCAAAGACAAUCCGUUCGGACUUGUAGAAAACAAUGAUCUGACCAUUAUAACAAGACUCUCUUGUGGUGCUAUAGCUGGAACAGUUGGUCAAACAAUUGCUUAUCCACUCGAUGUGAUUCGUAGGAGAAUGCAAAUGGUUGGGUGGAAAGAUGCUUCCUCUGUUGUCACAGGCGAUGGGAGAAACAAGGCCGCGCUUGAAUACAGCGGUAUGAUUGAUGCAUUUAGAAAAACAGUUCGUCAUGAAGGCUUUGGAGCAUUGUACAAGGGUUUAGUUCCCAACUCAGUCAAGGUUGUACCAUCGAUUGCCAUUGCAUUUGUGACAUAUGAGAUGGUGAAAGACGUUUUAGGAGUGGAAUUUAGGAUAUCAGACUGAGAGUCGUUUGAUAUCUUCAAGAAGAGAGCAGCACACUUCUAUUUUUGUAGCCGAGGAGACAGAAGAGAAGUUCAAAAUUUAGGGGCUUUAUUUAUCUCCUUUCAGCAUCCGUGGAAGGAUAAAAGGCUAUAGGGCUUUAGCCAAACUUUUUUUUUUUCCUUUCUACUUAUAGAUUGGGUUUUUGCUUUUCUUCUGAAUCAAAUAAGUCAGAGACCAACUAUAUCAAACCUAUCUGGUACUGGAGUUUGUGUUAGAUGCUUUGGUUGGGUCUUUUGGCAUUGAGUUAUCAUUAUUGUUAUGUGACUCAUAUUGGUAACUUGCCGAUUAGUUGAAUAAUUCCGCUUUUUCUGUAGUUUUCUUAAGAAUUCGUAUCGUGUAAAAUAAAAUUCAUGUGUGCUAGUCU